GUAAAGUGUUUGUCCGUUCUGCCAGGAAGGAGCCACAUUUCUGUCUGUCCUUCUAUUGGAACAUACUUUCUCAAAGUAUUUUUUUUUUUUAAUUCAUUUAUUUGUUUGAUGGGCAAUACUUUGGCCAACUGAAAACUCUUGCGCUCUUCAGACGGCUCCUCCAACUGAUUUUAGGACUUGGUUGUAUUUUGCUAUCAUCAUCAUCAUCUCCUUGUUUCCUUCUGUGGGAUUAUCAUGGCAAUGAAACAGACCAGUCUGUGACUUUGAAUCUGGUUACUUUGUAUUUUAUUCUGGUUGUGAGUUGGUGUGACACUCGGGGCCAAAAUGCUUAACCAGAGUGCUGUCAUGAUCUUCACUGGGAUUUGCGGGGCCAUGGUGUUCAUGGCCAUGGCUUACUAUGUCUACUGGUCUGUGAUAUUGGCUGAAGGACCUUGUAAACGUGGCCUAUAAAAGGAUUCUACCGUGGUUGGUCAUAGUGUAUAGAGAGGAGCCUAUCCAGACCUCCAGGCUCCUCAGCCAUGGCUCUACUGGCCUACCUGAAGAGCCUGUUCAUCUUACAGCUGCUGAUGGGCUUUGUGUUUGUGGUUAGCGGCCUCAUCAUAAACUUCAUUCAGUUGUGCACUUGCAUCCUCUGGCCAAUCAACAGGCAACUCUACCGCAGAAUCAACUGCCGACUUGCCUACUCCCUUUGGAGUCAGCUGGUGAUGCUGCUGGAGUGGUGGUCGGGCACAGACUGCACCCUAUACACUGACCAGGCUACGGUGGACAAGUUUGGCAAAGAGCAUGUCAUCGUCAUCCUAAAUCACAACUUUGAAAUUGACUUCCUGUGUGGCUGGACGAUGUGUGAAAGAUAUGGCAUCUUAGGGAGUUCAAAAGUGCUGGCGAAACACGAACUACUGAAGGUUCCUCUUAUUGGCUGGACCUGGUACUUUCUUGAAAUUGUUUUCUGUAGAAGGAAGUGGGAAGAAGACCGAAAUAUUGUCUUCAACGGCCUGAACAGCCUCAAAGACUAUCCUGAAUGUAUGUGGUUUCUUCUGUACUGUGAGGGCACCCGCUUCACAGAACAGAAGCAUCAAAUCAGUAUGCAGGUUGCGGAGAGUAAAGGUCUACCAAAGCUCAAGUAUCACUUGUUACCCCGGACCAAAGGAUUCACCACCACACUGCACUGUCUUAAAGGCACAGUAACUGCUGUGUAUGAUGUGACUCUUAACUUCAAAGACAACCAAACUCCCACUCUCCUGGGAAUCGUCAAUGGCAAGAAAUACAGAGCUGACAUGAGUGUUAGGCGGUUCCCUGUAGAGGAUAUACCAGAUAAUGAGGAGGAAUGUGCUCACUGGCUGCACAAGCUCUACCAGGAGAAAGAUUCCUUACAGGACAUUUACAACAAGGAAGGCAAGUUCCCUGGACCCACAAUUAUCCCCCGGCGCCGCCCAUGGACGCUGCUCAACUUCCUGUUUUGGGCCACCCUUCUUCUGUCGCCUCUCAUCAACUUUGCUUGUGGAGUGGUUGUCAGCGGCUCCCCUCUCCUAAUAAUCGGGUUCAUCAUCUUCCUUAUCAUCGCCUCCAUAGCCAUCCGUCGUCUCAUCGGUGUGACGGAGGUGAAGAAGACGGGUUCCAGUUACGGCAACCAGGAGGCCAAAAAACAAAAUUGAACUGUGUACCCCCCCCACCCCCCUAGGCUGUUUGUUUGGUUCUAACCUCCACACUACCAUUCUCAUCCUAGUUCUGGUCCAGCUGGUCCAGGCCAGGGAGGAAACUCACCCGGGAACAUAGUCAAUAAUACAGAACAAAACUCCAAGCACUCACAAGAGUCCCAAAGACGAUGGAAGGUCCAAGCUCUGAUGUUGAGGAGGGGCAGAGACUGUAGUCCUUGCACCUUUCUUAACACUCUUAACAUCCACUUAACACAGAUUCAAGGCCUUUGAAAUCUGGGUAAUAUAAGGUUAAGCACCUCACAUGUCUAAGAUCACAUUAACACCCAUUCACCUGAUGUUCUGAGCUCCACCACCUCCACUUUCUGUCAAUCAACCAAUCAGGGAGUGUGGUACACAAUCCAAUCUUUACUUCUUCACCCACAGUUAGUGCGUUUCCCCUCAGGCCUUGUUUUCACUUCCUGUGCUCAUAUGAUACAUUCUGUUGUGACGUUCAUUUACUAAUAUGGAAAGCUCUAUAAUCUUUAACAUGGUUGCAAAACUCCUCCUUCCACUGUUGAUUUUGUGGGUGCUGUUUGCCUCGUGUUGAAAAAUUUUAACUCAUGCAAUGGAACAUAAAUGCUUUGCAAGCAUCAAAUUCAUGCAUUCAUAGUGCUAGCAUCCAUGCUGGCUUGCUUGCACAGCCUAAAUAAAUAGCAGGGUUUUGAAACACAA